GCCGCUUUCGGGGUCUGGAUUGCGGAGAGCGCCUCCCUCUGGAAUGCUUCCUCAGAUGAUUGUACUGUACUUCCCUGUAAACAGUAUAGCAAAAACUAAGACAUCAUCUGUUCCUCCCUUGAUAUUCUCAGAUAUCUCAACAUGGGACUCUAAGCAUUUUCCAUCACAUCAGUGGCAACCUCCAAGUGAGACAAUUGAGUUGCUCGGUUAUCAGUGACAUCAUUAGAACAAGCGGGGAAACACGAGGAUGAAGGACCAUAGGGAACCUCGCAUUAGUGAUGAUAAUCCGGCUCAGAUGCCUUCACGACAAUAAUCAUGCCAAGUAAGAGAAGUGAGCUAUAUUUAAGAGAUCAGUGUGAACAGUAGAAACGAUAUCAGAACAGCCCCUCGAGGUUGGAAGAACCAUCGAUAGAAGAUAAGAUGUUCUCAGAACUGCGGGGCAGAGAGGCAUGGCGAUUAGGAAUGCAACAGCACCACCCGUGACAGAGUACGACCAACCUAAAGAACUGAGGAUACACACUAACC